CCCAUAGUGCUGGGAUUACAGGCAUGAGCCACCGCGCCCGGCCUGUCCAGCGCUGUUUUAUGCUGCCCCCUGGUAUGCUGAUCUCCAGCCUCACUGGACUCCUGUCUGUUCCCUGAAGAUGCCAGCACAGGGCCCUUGCACACACUGUUCCCAGAAACACUGUUUCCGCCGUUUUCUUGUGGCCAGCUGUGGCUCAUCUCUGGUCACUCUCAGCAGUCAGGUCUUUGGAUUGUCUUCUCUGGGUGAUCCCCACUCCCAUCUCUCUGAUAGCACCCAGUUCUCAUCCCGCAGGCACAGCACAGUUUGUAAUGAGGGCUUCUGUGCAUGUGUUUUUGUUUAAUGUUUGUUCCUCCAUCAGACUCUCAGCUGCAUGAAGGUAGAGACCACACUCAGCACCGCAUAUCUAGGGCUCACAGCCGGGCCCGCACAGAGCUGCCCAGGAGAGAGCUGUACAGUGGGCAGGUGUGGGCAGGGAUGCUCUGGGUUCCAGCAUUAGCCAGUCAGUGCCCACUGAUCUGCGUCCUGUGCGUUUGUCUGAAUGAGUGACUUAGUCUGUAUCAGGCUUGACUCAGUGUGGCUCUCCCACACCAAGUCUAAUUAGCUACUGACUUUAAGUUGGUAUAAUGCUUGGGAUCUAUUUUAGGGAAUGUCAUAUAUUAAUGUUUACCAUUUUGAAUAAAUCAAAGAGGUCAAUGUAGGCCAAGGUUCUCAUCUGACGCAGGAGCCAAUGCAGUCAUAUUUUCUAGAACCCACUGCAAACUAAGGUAGCGUAGAGGCUGUCGUAGAGAGCAGUAGUGAGAUGGGUCUUGUGUUUUGAAUGUGUGUGUGUUUCCCGUUACUUCUAAUCUGGGUUCUCUCUGAUCUAUGCUGGUGAAAAGGAGGGAGGAGGGAAGGGGCCCCACAGCACAGGGAGUAGAGGAGAGGGCCAUGCCCUGUGCCUUGUUUCCCUGGUUCCCGUUCAGCCCCCUUCCUCAGAUGGUGCAUGGACUACCAGCUGGAGCCUGGCGAGGACUGGAAACAGCCCCAGCCUGCACUGACCUGCCUUCUGGGGCUGAUUUUACCUGCUUUGCAAAUCUUGGGCUUAAUUGUGUGUGCAAAAUGACACACACACACACACACACACACACACAGGCUUCUCUUGCACUGUACCUGAGUCAUUUUCUGUGUUGCUUUGUACGUUACACCUGUUCUUUCCUGGGGCUCAAAUCAAGCUGAGAUCUGGAAACUGUUUACCUUAAACAUCUCUCUCCUCAGUCUCUUCGUCUGUGGAGUGGGUGACAUAACAGCCCACUUCAGAGAGUGUGAAUAUUACACGCUGGAAAUCUCUAGCGUGCACCCGAGACCACCCAAAGGCUGGUGGAGUUCUUAGCAUUUGUGUUUUUUUUUUUUUUUUUUAUCAUUAAUUGGAUAGCUGGUUGACACAUUUAUUUUUUGAAAUAUUGAAAAUGUUUCCUAUAAACUUGAAAAUUAUUAAUACUGUGCCCCAACUUGGAUAAUUUAACUUUGCCUUCUUUUCUUUUCUUUUACAUAAAAGAACCUUAUUCACAUAAAUGAAUCUGCCUUAUUUUCAACGUGUCUUGCUUCUGUACACGAAUUGGUAACAAGAAAGCAAAGAGACCUAAGCACAGUGGGUCCUCAGUGUGGCAGGCAGGUUCUCAGAAACUGCAGCAUUAACUGGGUCACAAAUUCGAUUUCACCAUAGACUAAUUGAUACAGACGAGAGCAAGUUCCUCUGGCAUACUACUGGUCAUAAAAACAUCAGCAGACUUCUAAAUAAAGACCCAAAGCACUUCUGAUAUUAAACACUGAAGUAAAUGGGAGCUGUACACACAUUUAAGAACGAUGAAUUAAAAUAAGGAAGAACAUCAUUUACCUGCUUAUUGCAGUUCAGGGCUGAGGGUGGACGGAGCUUAGUGCCUCAGUGGGAACCAGCUCUGGGCAGAUGCUAUCCCGUGGCAGGGCAGUCCCGAGCUCUCCCAUGCUUGCUCACACCAGGACCAGUCCGCGUGCCGGCUGGGCUUCAGGAUGUGGCAGGAAACCAGAGGACCUGGAGCUGGGCAUGGGCAUGGGCACGGGCACGAGGAGACUGUGAAGGUGCCCCCUGCGGGGACACAAUUCCUUUUUCUCAUCAACAUUAUCACAAAAUGAUGUUAUUCAAGGACCUGUGUCUUGCUAGGAAGCAACACUGGUGUCCCCACCACCAAGAAAUUACCACCUUUUCUUGUUUUCAGUUUCUUGUGUGCAUAUGUGCUUAGAAUACGGACUUGGGUGACUGGGAGCAGGCAGGGGCACUAGAGACCUUGUUUGUGACCUGUUUUUCCACCCUGGCUCCCGCUCCUCUUGGUUUCUCACCCUCCCAGGCGCUCCCUUGAUGGAGUCUCAGCCGUCUGCUCUGAUCACGUCUCUCCUCUCUGUCUCCCUGUGCUUUGCUUACACUUAGAUCCGUCCAUUCUGUUCAUUUCCUGGAGCUUCGGGUGCCGGGCCAGGCACCCACAUUUCCUGAGGGCCUCCCGCGUGCCAGCACCCGGGUGGCAGGAACCCGCUGUUUGCAGCCCAUCCAUGGCAGGCUCGGAAGCCCUCCCUCAGUGAAGGAACUGAACCUCCUCUGGACUCCCUCCGCCAGGUUUUUAACAUGAAGCCGCUCCAGAUUGUGUUUCCCGCCCGAGCGGACCCGGAGAGCCCUGUCCUGGACCUGGACCUUCACUUGCCCUUGCUGUGCUUCCGGCCGGAGAAGGUGCUGCAGAUCCUGACGUGCAUCCUGAUGGAACAGCGGAUCGUAUUCUUCUCCUCGGACUGGGCUCUGCUGACGCUGGUCGCCGAGUGCUUCAUGGCCUACCUGCACCCCCUGCAGUGGCAGCACCCCUUCGUGCCCAUCCUGUCGGACCAGAUGCUGGAUUUCGUCAUGGCCCCCACGUCCUUCCUCAUGGGCUGCCAUCUUGACCACUUCGAAGAAGUCAGCAAGGAAGCUGACGGUUUAGUUCUGAUAAAUAUUGAUCAUGGGAGCGUCACCUACUCCAAGUCUGCGAACAAUAGUGUGGACAUUCCUGAUGUCCCCCUCCUGGCAGCCCAGACAUUCAUUCAGAGGGUGCAGAGCCUCCAGCUGCACCACGAGCUGCACGCCGCCCACCUCUGCUCCAGCACAGACCUGAAUGAGGGCCGAGCCCACCGGCGCGCCUGGCAGCAGAAACUCAACUGCCAGAUACAGCAGACCACCCUGCAACUGCUCGUGAGCGUCUUCAGGGAUGUGAAGAAUCAUUUAAAUUAUGAACACAGAGUCUUCAAUAGUGAAGAAUUUCUCAAAACCAGGGCUCCAGGGGACCAUCAGUUUUAUAAGCAGGUCUUAGACACCUACAUGUUCCAUUCUUUCCUUAAAGCCCGGCUCAGUCGGAGGAUGGAUGCCUUCGCCCAGAUGGACCUUGACACCCAGUCGGAGGAGGACAGAAUAAAUGGAAUGCUGAUAAGUCCAAGGAGACCGACUGUGGAGAAAAUCGCCUCUCGGAAGUCCUCACCCCUGCACAUCCCUCACAGGCGCAUGGUGGUGAGCAUGCCCGACCUGCAGGACAUCGCCACGCCCGAGCUGGCACCCAGGAACUCCUCGCUUCGGCUGACAGACACUGCGGGCUGCAGGGGCAGUGGCACAGUUCUGAAUGUGCUGCCCAAGUCCACAUACAUGUUCAAGAUUCCAGAGAUCCACUUCCCGCUGGUGGGCCAGUGCGUGCAGGCCUACCACGCUGACCUCGCCGCCCUGCUGACCAAGGCCAUGGGCCUUCUGGCUCCUGACAACUCUCUACUCCUGGCCCGCUAUUUCUACCUCCGAGGGCUCGUUCAUCUGAUGCAGGGACAGCUGCUGAACGCCCUCUUGGACUUCCAGAAUCUGUAUAAAACAGACAUAGGGAUCUUUCCCGCUGACCUGGUGAAGAGGACAGUGGAGUCCAUGUCUGCUCCUGAGCGGGCGCAGGCUGAGCGGGCGCCAGAGCUGAUGAGGCUCAUCAGCGAGGUCCUGGACAAGCCGCACGAGGCCUCGAAGCCGGAUGACCACGUGAAGAACUUCGAGCUGCCCAAGAAGCACAUGCAGCUGGGCGACUUCGUGAAGCGGGUUCAGGAGUCGGGGAUCGUGAGGGACGCCAGCACCAUCCACCGGCUGUUCGAGGCCCUGACUGUGGGACAGCAGAAACAAAUCGACCCAGAAACAUUCAAAGAUUUCUACAACUGCUGGAAGGAGACGGAAGCAGAAGCGCAGGAGGUCAGUCUGCCGUGGCUGGUGAUGGAACACCUGGAUAAAAGCGAGUGUGUGUAUAAGUUGUCCAGCUCCGUCAAGACGAACCUAGGCGUUGGCAAGAUCGCCAUGACCCAGAAGCGCCUGUUCCUCCUAACGGAAGGCAGGCCCGGCUACGUGGAGAUUUCCACCUUCAGAAAUAUAGAGGAGGUCAGGAACACCACCAUCGCCUUUCUGCUGCGGAGAAUACCCACCCUAAAAAUCAAAGUGGCAUCCAAGAAAGAAGUCUUUGAGGCCAACCUGAAAACUGAGUGUGACCUCUGGCACCUGAUGGUGAAGGAGAUGUGGGCUGGGAAGAAGCUGGCCGAUGACCACAAGGACCCGCAGUACGUCCAGCAGGCGCUCACCAAUGUCUUGCUGAUGGAUGCCGUCGUGGGCACGCUGCAGUCACCGGGCGCCAUCUACGCUGCCUCCAAGUUAUCUUACUUUGAUAAGAUGAGGCACGAGUUGCCCAUGGCGCUUCCGAAGACAACCUUGGAAACUCUGAAGCACAAAAUCAACCCCUCAGCGGGCGAGACGCUCCCACAAGCGGUGGACGUGCUGCUGUACACUCCCGGGCAUCUUGACCCAGCCGAAAAAGUUGAAAAUGCUCACCCCAAGUUAUGGUGUGCUCUGAGCGAAGGCAAGGUGACAGUGUUCGAUGCUUCUUCCUGGACAGUCCACCAGCACUCCUUUAAAGUGGGCACCGCUAAGGUGAACUGCAUGGUGAUGGCAGACCAGAACCAGGUGUGGGUGGGCUCAGAGGACUCCGUCAUCUACAUCAUCAAUGUCCACAGCAUGUCCUGCAACAAGCAGCUCACAGACCACCGCUCCAGCGUCAUGGACUUGAUCGUGCAGGACGGACAGAAGGCGCCCAGCGAGGUGUACUCGUGCAGCGUGGACGGCACGGUGCUGGCGUGGAACGUGCGCACGCUGCGGGUGACCAGCCGCUUCCAGCUGCCAAGCGGCGGCCUCACGUCCAUCAGACUGCACGGCGGCCGCCUGUGGUGCUGUACAGGUAGCAGCAUCAUGGUCAUGACAACGAAUGGCUUCCUUCGUCAAGAACUGAAGAUUGAGGAGAACUUCACAGACACCAGCACCUCCUUCCUGGCCUUCCAGCUCCUUCCCGAGCAGGAGCAGCUGUGGGCGGCAUGUGCAGGACGGAGUGAGGUUUACAUCUGGAGCCUGAAGGACCUGGCCCAGCCCCCCGAGAGGGUGCCCCUGGAGGAGUGCUCUGAGAUCGUCUGCAUGAUCCGGGUGAAGAAGCAGGUCUGGGUGGGCAGCCGAGGGCUGUGGCAGGGAACACCCAAGGGGAAAAUCUACGUGAUUGAUGCUGAGAGCAAGACCGUGGAGAAGGAGCUGGUGGCGCACAUGGACACUGUGAGGACGCUGUGCUCGGCUGAGGACAGAUACGUGCUGAGCGGGUCGGGCAAGGAGGAGGGGAAGAUCGCCAUCUGGAAAGGGGAAUAG